GUCCGAGUCCUGGCCUGCCACAGUACUGCCACCUGGGAUAGUGCCUUUCUCCUGCUUCAUUGCUGCUGCUUGGCUAGGCUCUACUAAGGCAUCUUUGGGCUAUCCAGGUCUGAAUGAAGAAUCUGAGAGACGUUAUCAGACAGCGCCGUGGAAGGAUACUCGCGCUUCCGCGAGCUCGAGAGACAGAUUCGGCCGUGACGAGUUGUCGUCAUGUGUAGCGCGUGACACUGAUGGAGUCCUCGACAACCUAUUCGAAGACCGCAAACCGCUUCGAGCCUCCAUCGGACGAUAAUCCAUUUGAUCUGCAAAUGACUGGAAUAAGGAUCCUGCCAUGCAUAUUGCGGCGCAAUGUCCCUUCAGCCGGUAACUUCAAUGUGUUAUCAAUUUCACUCCAAUGGUUAUCCUGCUUGCCGUGUUAUGCUUACUACCGUCGUCACACACGGUGCUACCUACGUAUCACGGUGGUAUGCAUAUACCGAUGCAGUUUUGCCGCUGCCACCUGUUCGCAACGUAAUCAUCGACGGUGUCGUACAUACAUCUGGUUGCGGCCGCAUCGCAGGCUGGUCAACACGCAUCUUGCCAGUGCUGUACUCUACAAUUGCUCCUCUUCUGGUGCCCCAAUUGUGGCGAUUCUCUGCGGAACUCCCACUCUUGAUGCUUCGACGGGACCUGACGGGACUCGCAAUCCAAAACAUGACGCCGGGGUGCUCCUACCUGUCAUCAUUCGAAAUCUUUCCUCGGUUGUUACUGAGCGAAGGCCAUCGGGACGACCAACCGUCUGGUCAAGUGGAUUCCCAGCAUGCAGGCGUGCGCCGGGUUGGAAUCUCCACGGCACAGUCACCAUCAGCGGGCUCCUCGUGCUUCAAGUCGCGGGUGCUGCACACGUCGUAGCUUAUGGCGAACGCGCGCCCCGCGGUACCAGCGUCCAGAAUCAUGUUGACCACAGAACUCUUGUUUCAGUUCUACGUCCCGUACGAACUGCCUUCGGAUGGAAACACACGUCUUUGUGUUGUCCACUGAACGUACAGUGAGCGCGCCUCACUCAUAAUCUCUGUUACCGCAUUCGCCGCGGCAUUUAUCUGUUCAUCUGCACUUUCCUCCCAUCGGAGAUUUGCUCGGACAGUUUGAAGGCGGCCGCGACAGAUGAUCUCUAGAUCUCAGAGUUCGCGCGUGCCUCAGAGGCCCGAGCCACCGUGCACAGGAUCGAGCUGGCUGUGCAGCGCGUUCGCACCGAUCAUACACGGCCUUAUCUGCUAUACACGU